AUGGCUUUUUAUGGAGAAAUUGUCGUAUUAGAAAAACAAGAAGAUCAACUGAAAGAAUAUGGGUCAAUAGUUUUAUUAAAACCAUCAUUUUUUAUUGGUUCUGAAGAAAAAUAUUGUGCAAUUGUAAUUAAAGAUAGAAAUAAUAAUAACAAUAGCAAUGACAAUAAUAAAAAUAUAGACAAUAACAAUAGUAAUAACAAUAGUAAUAAAAAUAGUAAUAAUAGUGAUAAUAUUAGCAAUCCAGAAACUAUAAAGAUUGAAACAUCAAAUACCACUGAUGAUUGCACUCAAAUGGAAACCUGCAAAGAAAAUGAAAAUUAUGAAAAGAUAGAUGAAGCAAAUACACAAGAACAGAUUAAAAAAGAGCAAAAUGGAGCUACUGAAGAAAAAGAAAAAGAAAAAGAACAGGAAAAAGAACAAGAAAAAGAUCAAGAAAAAGAACAAGAAAAAGAACAAGAAAAAGUUCAAGAAAAAGAUCAAGAGAAACAAGAGCAAAAACAAGAACAAAACCAAGAGAAAAAUCUAGAGCAAAAUCAAGAGAGAAAACAAGAGAGUGAACAAGAUGAAGCUAAAGACCAAACCAUUAAACAAGAUGAAAUGGAAGAGUCAAAAGAGGAUGUGGCUAAACAGGAAAUUAAAGAAGAAUCAAGAUUCGAAAAUAAUAAUAACAAUAAUGAUAUAAGUAAUAAUAGCAAUAAUGAUGUCAAUAUCAAUGGCAAUAAUAAUAAUAAUAAUAAUAACAAUAAUAAAGAUGAAACUAUGCAAGAAGUUGAUGAAAAAUUAAAUAAUAAUAAUGAAAUCAAUAAAAUUUUAGAAAAACAUAUAAAAAUAAAAGUCUAUACAGCAGGUGGUAAAGUUGAAAAAUGUUAUUUAACCGAUAUUCAAGCAGAUGGAAGUGUAAAAAUUGACUCUAUUAUAAAUCCAUAUAAAAUGUUAGAAAUCGAAUUAAAGCCAAAGGUUGUAUUUGGUAUUUAUGGCUUUUAUUUUUAUUAUUCAAAUGUCCAAACUGAAUUAAGUCACGAUUUUAGUAACCAUAGUUUUAUCUCAGUUUCAGAAAAUGCAGCUACACCAAAAACCCCAUCUAAAAUUUCAAAAAAAAUUCCAACUGCUGCAAAAAAAUCUGGUACCAUAAAAACCCCAGUUAAAAAAGUACCAGAGGAGGACAAGGAGGGUGAAGAAAAUGAAGUUACCAAAGUAAAGAAAACACCUUCAUCUACCAAUACUCCAAAGACUCCAUCUAAAUUUCCAGUAGCUGUUUCAAAAAAAGUAGGAACUCCAUCAAAACAAACACCAACCAAAGGAAAACCACAUUCAACCACAACCACUACAACCACAACUACAACUACACUAUCAACAAUAACCACCACAGUUGGUUCUGAACCUAUAAAAAGAAAUAGAACACCAACUAAACAAUCACCUAAAAAAAUGUUCAACAGCGAUACAAGCGAUAGUGAUAGUGGAAUGGAGCCAAUGUCAGAUGGCGAGCUUGAUAAAAGUCUCUCUAAACAAUUAAACGAUGCCAACACACUUGUAAAAUCACUUCCAACUGUAAAUACGAGACCAGUUAGAUUUUCAAGAAAUUCAUUAGUUGACUUUUCAAAUAUAACUCAUGCAAAAAAAAGACUUUCAGCUCCAGGUGAAAUUAGAUUAAGCAAAUAA